AUGAAAGACCGAAAGAUUCUGCCGGCUUGCUACGUGAGAGUGAUCGUGUACUGCGUCGAAAGGAAAGAAAAGCAGAGCAAUUCGUUGGAGCAGCCGCAGCAGAUGCGAUGGUGGAAGGCCGGCGGAGGUGGAGCUGACAAAAGCGCUGGUAGCGGUAGCUACCGGAGAGGACAGGUGGUGACCACAGCAGCGACCGAGGCGGAUAUGAGGGAGGCGGUGGUGGAGAUCUCACUGGAGAACCUGUCAAGGCAACCACAAAACCAAAAAAGCACCAGAUCUAGGAAAAGAUCUAAAAGAUCUGGGAUUAUUGAAUGA